CGCAAAAUGGUUUACUCAGCGCAUGUUGGUGCGCCCAGUGGUGCACCCAGUGUGGAAGCUGUCGUGUGCUGCGGAAGGAAAGACCCACAAGUUGCCGCUUUCGGACACGGCGGCGUAUUCGUCGAGGGCGCCUUCUUCUACAAGCCGAGGCCAAAGGCGCGGGACCGAUACGAGAACGAGCGAAGGUUCCUCGAGCUCAUCUGCUGCAGCUGCGAGAGCGGCGAACCGCUGCGGGCGUUCGUGCCCAACUUUUACGGCGAGGUCGAGCGGGACGGCGCCUGGUUUUUCAAGAUGGACGACCUGCUGCACGCAUUUUCGCUGCGCGGGCGGCACAUUGCCGACUUGAAGAUGGGGCUGCGCACCUUUGCCGAGAGCGAGGCGCAGAGCGCGAAGCCGCGCGCGGACCUCUUCGAGCGGAUGGAGCGGAUGGAGGAGCGGCUAGGCUCGCGCGUCCUCACCGAUGCAGAGCGGGCCAGCCGGUCGAUGACCAAGGCGCGCUGGAUGGCGCUCCGCGACUCGCUCUCGUCGACGAGCGCGCUCGGCUUCCGGAUCGACGCGCUGCUCACGCCGCGCGCCCACCUGACGGCGUUUGACUCGCGCCUCUUCCACACGCGCGCGCGCGCAGACGUGCUUGCGGCGCUGCGCAGCUUCUUCCCGCGGCGGGGCGAGUGCGAGGGCGGCAGCCACCCGCGGCAGGCCGCCGCCGCCCUGCUCGCUCGGGUGCGAGAGCUGCGCGGCGCGCUGACUCGCUCGGCCGUCUUUUCGCGGCACGAGCUGAUCGGGACCACCCUCCUCCUCGUUGCCGACGAGACGUGCCGCGCCGGCGCGUGGAUGAUCGACUUUGGCGUGACGCGCGAGGCUCCGGCGCCGCUGCAGCACGACGUGCCGUGGGUGCCUGGGAACCGCGAGGACGGGUACUUGCUCGGGCUGGCGAGCCUCACCGAGAUGCUGCAGGAGCUGGUGGCGGCCGACGAGUGGGACUGAGAGGCCCGCGCUGCGGCGUCGCGGCAGCCCCGACUAGUGGUAGACGUCGACACUUCGAUCAUUCUUCGGGUUAUAGUUAGCGGUUAGGGCAGGAGGCCACCGCGCCAGCAGCGGGUGCGGCGGAUGAGCGCCACGGCGCGACGGGGUACUAGCGAGCGCUCUCUCCGGGGCCGCGUCCCGUGCAUCUUGCAUGUCUUGUACACGUUGUGACACGCGAUUCGGUGUGCAUGGAAAAUUUUGCUCACGGAGGCGUGGUAACGAGGGUAAGUAACAGGUAAGGUAAGC